AUGACUCAGGCCAAUCGAGUCCCCAGGUUGGUUACACUGCGUUAUGUUGGCGACGCGGGAGGCCCGCCACCUCUGUGCGAAGCUCUGAAGAGUAACAGCUCUUGGCGGUUAAGGGGUCUUUUCCUGCGAACAGGUCCGCGGUGCCUUUGGUUCUCACGCUCCCUAUACGAGGUCCUAGGCCCUGAGAACCCGUUUUCAUUCAUGACUAUGAAUAACCUGGGAUUCUUGCUUGGUAGCCCGGGAAAACACGAAGAGGCAGUGCAGAUGCACCGGAAAACUUUGGCACUUAGGCAAAAGGUGCUGGGCCUAGAAAGCCCGUCGACAUUUAACAGCAUAAACAACCUGGCAUCGGUGCUUGACAGGCAGGGGACUAGCUCAGUGGACACGCUGAAACGUCGGAAAACCAUAUUUCGAAAACUCGAGGAGCUACGAUUGUGCGGAGCUCGUAUUUAUAUUGUAAUAGAACAGAACAACAAAUAUUUUACAUACGAUUCUGAGAAAACAGAAUCUUGGCCACCAUCUUCGAAGAUGCUAGAGAAGAACUAUCCCUUGCCAAAGGAAUAUGGACCUGUAACAGCCUCACUGUCACAGUCAGGCAUGGCAGACAUUUGGAACCUGGACUGGGCGCACAAUUUGUUUGGCACGUAUAAGAAGGCAGAUCAGAUGCACCGGAAAACAUUGGCAUUUAGGGAAAAGGCACUGGGCCCAGAGAAUCCGUCCACACUCAGUAGUAUAAAAAAACAUGGUAUCAUUGCUCGAAAAUUAGAGAAAUACGAGGAGGCGCAAAAAAUCUACCGCCAGAUAUAA